AACCGGGACUCGGAUAGUUUCUGUUAAUAUGAAGUAUUUUGAUUGGAUCUUAAUAACAGUUUAGCUAUAAACCAAUCAUACAAUUCAUUUUGAGUUUUGACAGUAGCAUUAACUGUCAUCCACCUACUAGAAGUUAGUACUAAAUACUAAUAUAAUUUUCUAAAAUUAAAAAAAAGCAUAUGAAAAAAAUUUCAGGUUCUCAAUUUUUUGCCGCAAAAUAAAUUUUCGGUCCUUAAGAAACAGUGCAGAAUGCCAUUAUAGAAUUAAGUGAUGAACGUUGGUUAUGAUGCAACGGGAUGAUAAGUUGUACCUGCAUGUUAUGUGUAUGUAGGAGUGACUUAUCUAUAAUAUUGGCAUUGCCGUAAGGUACAGCUAACGAAAACCGUGACUAUUUCCUUCCCGUAUGGCUGCUUAUGUUAAUCGAACAAUGUCGAUGAUGGCCGGCGAUGGGCCCCACAAUGUUGCAAUGAACAAUGGCACAAUGCGUGUAAAUGUGGGUAAUGUGGAUUCACCUCUGCAGAUAUUUGUGAGAGCUAAGAAGAAGAUCAAUGACAUAUUUAUUGAGAUUGAUGAUUAUGUCAAGGAUGCAGUUACAUUCAUGCAUGCCGUCUCAGGAGAGAAUGGAAUUGCAACACCUCAAGAUGUUGCAAAUGUUGAAGCAUAUGUUAGUAAGGUUGAAGCUAUACGGGAAGUACUCAAACGGGACCACAUGAAAGUUGCAUUUUUUGGAAGAACCAGUAAUGGCAAAAGUACAGUAAUAAAUGCAAUGUUGCACGAUAAAAUCCUGCCGAGUGGUAUCGGUCACACAACCAACUGCUUCCUUCAAGUGGAGGGCUCAGAUACUGAUGAGGCAUUUCUGAAGACUGAGGACUCAGAGGAAAAGCAUAAUGUCCAGUCGGUCAGUCAACUGGGCCACGCAUUGUGCACUACGCGUCUCCAAGAGUCAUCGUUGGUGCAUAUCUAUUGGCCGAGGGAGCUUUGCGCAUUACUCCGGGAUGAUGUGGUGCUGGUGGACAGCCCUGGAGUGGACGUGUCGCCCAAUUUAGACGAAUGGAUCGAUAAAUACUGUUUGGAUGCUGAUGUGUUUGUGCUCGUGGCGAAUGCAGAGUCAACGCUUAUGCUCACCGAAAAGAACUUUUUCCAUAAGGUAUCGACGAAAAUAUCUCAACCCAAUAUAUUUAUAUUGAACAACCGAUGGGACGCUUCGGCUUCAGAACCGGAAUUCUUGGAUCAAGUGCGAAGUCAGCACGCCAAUCGUUGCGUGGACUUCCUUUCUCGCGAAUUAAGAGUUUGUUCUCCAAAAGAGGCUGAAGAAAGGAUUUUCUUCAUCUCCGCGAAGGAGGCUCUACUUACCCGCAUGAAGGAGAGGGAGAAACCUGUCUCUUCCCCAAUCUUAGUCGAAGGCCACCAAGUGCGGUACUUUGAGUUUGUGGACUUCGAGCGUAAGUUCGAAGAAUGCAUCAGUCAAAGUGCGGUUCAGACGAAGUUCGCGCAGCAUUCGCGGCGAGGGAAAAAUAUCGCCGCUGACGUCAUGGCUGCUUUGGAACUGAUCUACAACACAGCGUGCAAUAUGAAAGCAACGAAAGUGGAAAAGCAAAGGAUAUUGCAAGAACAACUGACCUGUAUCGAGGAGCAACUCACUUCUAUCACUCGGCAGAUGAAAGAUAAAAUUGGAAAAAUGGUGGAAAGCGUUGAACACAAGGUAUCACUAACGCUGAGCCAAGAGAUCCGUCGUCUAUCGGCAUUGGUCGACGAAUAUGACACGCCCUUCCGGACGGAGCGAGCUGCCUUGGAGCAGUACAAAAGAUCAUUGCACAGACACGUGGAAUCCGGGCUGGGCUCGCGGCUGAAGAAGAGGCUGUCUUCUGAUAUUGGACAUGAGAUGGAUGAAGCGCAGAAGGAAAUGGCAGAUGGUAUGUACAACAUACUGCCAAUCCACAAACGAGCUGCCGCCGCAAGCGUCAUAAUGCCUCACCAGCAACCGUUCGAGGUUCUCUACCGCCUUAACUGCGACAAUCUCUGCGCCGAUUUCCAAGAAGACCUGACUUUCCGAUUCUCUUACGGUAUCACGGCCAUCAUUCAGAGGUUCCAGGGGAAAAAUACGAACAAAAUCGCCUUGAAAAAUCCACCCCAAUAUACACCAAUACCUCCAACAAUCGGUCCACCCGCUCCCAGUGGGGAGUUAUCGCGCAUGGGCAACGGUGGGUCGGUGGUGGGACCUCUUAGCGCUGAAGAGUGGUCCAUGAUAUCCAAGUUCGCCCUCGGAGCACUCACCUCUCAAGGCACUAUGGGCGGACUAUUGCUCUCUGGAUUGUUACUAAAAACGGUCGGUUGGCGCGUAGUAGUGGUGACGGGCGCGAUAUACGGCGCGCUGUACGCGUACGAGCGUCUCACUUGGACGGCCAAGGCCCAAGAGAGAUUGUUCAAGAAGCAGUACGUGGCGCACGCUGGGAAGAAAUUGCGGCUUAUUGUGGACCUCACUUCGGCUAAUUGCAGCCAUCAAGUGCAGCAAGAACUGUCAACGAUGUUCGCGCGGCUCUGUCGUCUAAUAGACGAGGCCACAACCGAAAUGGACUCGGAGCUGACGGAGGUCCGCGAAGCCAUCAAAAUGCUGGACGACGCCUCCACUUCAGCCAAAAAACUACGAAACAAAGCUAAUUAUCUCUCGCACGAGCUGGAGCUGUUUGAUGACGCCUUUCUUAAGUCUAACUAGGAUAGUAAGAGAAUGGUGAAGGAAGAGAUACUCGGGUUGCAUUUCACUGUAAUGGAACACUGAUUGUGACGUCACAAGAAAAAUCGAUAUUAAGGAAUUCUAUUGGCUCUCAUCUCAUUUUAAAAAUGUUUUAUUACACGAUGUUUACGUUUUAAAACUUUUAAUAGACUUAUUAGGGUCCUUCAAAGAAAGAGCCUACAAAUUCUUAAAAGGCCGGCAACGCACUCGCGAACGGCAAAGCCCUCUGGCAUUCAGUGUCUAUGGGCGAGGCAUCACUUAACAUCGGGUGAGCCUCCUGCCCGUUUGCCUCUGUUAAAAGAAAUAUUUGUUGUAAAUUCUAAAUUGGCGACUAAUUACCGCGUACUGUUACAAAAUUUCACUGUGCUCUUUGUAUUAAAACUAAGAAAUCAGUGUUCUAUGUAGGUUUAGUCUAAUUCUCCUGAAGAGGGACAAAAUCAGCCCCUGGUUUAGGCUUAGGCUGCACUGUGGUUAAACCGCUUAAUAAUACGUGUAAUGCAAUAAUUAGGUGCAGGUGUCUGGAUUAAUUCCUAAUAUAUAAUUUUUUCAACCAUACCGAACGUGUCAAAAGGGAGUGUUCAAGUAUUACGUAACGAAUUUUGGGGGGGGGGGUCCUUUUGUAAAACGUUACGAUGUGGGGCGGGAAUUGAAUUACGCACCACCACAUAAUGGUAACUUUUAGGCAUAAAGAGUCACUAGGUGGUCACGAACAGUGAACGUCCCAAAGACAAAAUAUAGUUUCGAAUAGUAAAGAAACAGAAAACAGUUGGUUCUGUCAAUAAUUAUUCGUAGUCAAGGACAAAGGCACGUACGUGAGAAAAAUUUUGUAUGGAAAAUUUAGAAGCGCUACGUGGACAUAAUUAGAACUAAAGAAAUGACCGUGCGUCGUUCCUAUACGUGUAACUAACUAUACAAAUUGUAUGGAAAUAGGUUUUACUCCUAAAUACAUAAUCGCGUACGCCUGAACUAACGAAAGUUAGUCAUAAUCACUUAGAAAACCGCAUUUCUAUGGCAAAAAUUUGUCUUUGUCCUUUCGGCUAAUUUUAUAAUAAAAUCGUGCGGUUGUAACCGCUACGGUUUCGUCGCAGUGCGGUCUAAGCGUUAGUGGUGAGUGCACCAAUUCGAUAGAGUAUAGACCGAGAGGCGAAGCUGGAUUAAUUGUAUUAUUUAUUCGAAGAGCACUAGAGUCGGAGCCGAUUUCAUUAAAAUGGUGGUUACGAAAAUAUAUUUUUUUAAUACUCAGCCAUACAAAUAUAAUCUUAUGUAGAUUAUAUUGUUAUACCAUUUAUUGUAUCGUGAGUUUAAUAUAGUAUUAAACGUGUAUAUAAUUCAUCAAAAUCUUUAAAAAAAUAAUUAACACUAAAGUAUAAAAUGUGAUUCAAGAACAUUUAUUAUUUAAGGAUUACUUUAUGAAGUUUUUUAGGUAAUAUUAGGACCACCAAAAAUACUAAUACAAUACUUUAAAAAUAUGUUUUUUUUUUCGAAACAGGAAGACUAGGCUAUAUACAAAGACGCUGCGAACUAAUUAACGCAAGUGAAAGCGCAAGGAGCUACUAGUAUUUAAAUAAAGUUGUAUAUGUAUCAUUUAUUUAAUACUAUAUUAAACUUAUGAUUGACAAAUUCAAAAAUAUAUAGUUUAAAUGAAACGGUCACGCACUCGUGUCUUUAAUGUAUAGUUCAUGUAAAUUGUUAUUUAUGCCGCUUUGUAGUGAAUCAAGUGUUGGUAUGUUUGUCGUAUGAAUUAUGUUAUUUUGUGUUCAAGAAACGCAUGGAAAUAUUUUUCCAAUGCUGUUUAUUAAUUUUCUAAUUCAGCUUAAUUAAGAAGUUAUUGUUUCUUUAUCUUCACUUAAACUGUUUUAAAUACUAUUUUUCUCCUGACAAGUUUCUAACUAAUUAAAAAGGAGAUAUUAUUGGUCAUUUUUCGUUUGUAAUAAUUAAAAUUUCCUUGCGUUUCUAUUGGUGCUAUACCACACGUGAGGUCGCAGGCUAAUGGGGUUUUAGCUCCUUGUCUUUAGUUAAAUGUAAGACAUUUCUGAAUACAGACCAUUUUUGAACUCGAAUUAUGUGUUAUAAGACUGCUGGUUUUCACUGUUCGGAAGUGAGGUUGGUUUAGGAAAUUUUCAAUGAAAAUUAAAUUAUCUUAAGAUUUUUGGCUCUUUCUCUCAAAUGGAGCUAAUAUAGAGAUGAAUUGAGAAAGGUUGAUUAUCACUUUUUUCUUUGUCCUUGUGAUUAUAAUUUUAAUAUGGCUUGCCUAAAUGACUUUUGAUUAGUAUUCAUUUAAAAAUGUCGUUUUAUUUUUGGUUCCUACUAUUAAACUUUUUAAUUUAAACGUAAAUAAAAAUUGUAUUUGUUUACCCUGCAGUGAACAAACAUAAAAUAGCUUAGGAAAUAUCAUUUAUUGUAUGGAAAACAUGAGCAGCGCUCCGUGGGCAUAUUUAGAACUAAAAUAUUGCUAAGUGUGCAGCCAUAGACCUCACUUGUCGUAUUAGUUUUGUAAUAUAAUUAUUGAAUUGUAAUAAAAACAAUUGACAACUCUUUAUUUUGUAUCAUAUAAUAUGCUUGUUUAGAAAUAUAGUUACCAAUGUAAAGAUUUUAUUAUUUCGUUAAAAAUGGUUAACAGUGUUUUUCUAUACAAGUUUUUUAUAUUUUCGCGGCUGAACUGAUUUCUGGGCACGAACAUUAACAAUAAAAUAAAAAGCUAAAGAUGAAAAAUAAAUUGCAAUGACAUUUUCUAAAUUAUGAUAAUUUUAGAGAUAUGUUGAAAAUUGUAGGGUACAAAGUACCUGUUUAUAUAAUUUGCUAUGCAUGUUAUAUAUGAAUCGGCAAGUUACAUUAGGAGAAAUUUAAUAAAAUGAGAUUAAUCACAACUUAAUACCCCAAAGAAACAUUAAUUAUAUUACUUUAAAUUCACCAGUGAACUAAACAAGUUUGAUUAAAAUAUUUAUUUUUUUCUCUUGAUGUAACUGAUCGUAGUAAAUUAGUUGUAUUAGCCGCUGUUAGUUGAAUUUUCUUGUAAAUAAAAUAUUAAUUAAUAAAA